AUGGCGAAUCCUAAUCUUCAGGGCCGCACAGGUCAAAAUCUCUCGUCGUCGCCCAGUGCGAACAGCCCCCUCUCGCCAGCAAGCGCAGGAUGCAACCCAAUCUCUUUUCGCGCAAAUGUCAACCGCUCGAAGACAAAACGCUGGGUGGAAGCAAAGCAAUACUCGUACGAUGGUGGAGACUGGGGCGACGAAGAUGACGAUGAAGAAGAAGAAGAGGAAGCCCCUCCAGCUAUGCCCCGACCUCCAUAUGCCACACAAAGAACCGGCAGCUCAUCGGAGCUAAGCUCGAGACGUCUGUCCGGGAUGGGAUUUGGAAUCGAAAAUGAGUCUCGCGGAAGCCCUAUCGUUGAUGCACGUACCGAGCAAACAAAGGCCGCUGCCUUUACCAGGCCCGCGGACCCAUACAAUCGCGUGCAAGAGGAGAAGGCACCAACGGGCUCCCCCCAGGUGGGAGCUCUUCCUGUCUCCUUACAGCCCGGAGGCCAAGCACCACAGAUUGUCACCAACAGCACUGUCUCGAAUCCAGCACAGAAUGUGCCUGCUAUUGGAUUACCGGACAUCCAGCGAAUGUCUUCCUUUGGGACCGAUUUUCUAGACUCGCCCGAUUCCAGUCAGCAGCCAACUAGCACAGAAACCAGAGAGCCAACCUUGCAACACAAUCCGUCUCAGGCCUCUCAAGCCUCAGACGCUUCCCAGGGGUUCACAUCGGUGGUUCAUCAAGCUUUCGACGUCCCAGAAACCCCAAAUUCCACUGCUGGCAGUGUUGCUCGGUCAAACAGCGAUGGAACCUCAACAAUCAGUCCCAUAAUUAGUAACCGUGGAGUUCAUGACAGAACACCCACUAUUCCUGAAGAGCCUGCAGAGCUGAGUACCCCAACUGGUGCUCUUGAUGAUGCGCCUGCCUUAAUUCCCGGCCACCGUCGGGACCUGAGUAUCCCGAGCCGGGACAACAGCCCUUCGAAGAAAGCAAUCAUUACCGAGCAGGAGCCACCUUCGCAGAGUCAAGCAGAAAUGUCUUCCAUCUCUCCAGGUCAAACUCCGUUACAGAAGCCCCUCGAUGUGGCAGCCCCUGCUACUGAGAAGGACUUUGUUGCACCGCUGAAAUUUGGUGAGAGGAAGAUGUCGGAGCAGUUCGGAUCUGAGGGCUACCGUGGCAGUAUUCCCACAAUUAUUCCUGCGCCUAACAUUGACUCCUUACAAAAUGAAGAUAAUGACCGGCUGCGCGAGGAAAUAAUUCGCUCCCUCAGCAGAGAGAGCUCACAGGAACCAGAACAGAUCCCCCGCGCUGAAGAAGUCCAGGGGGAUUCUAUCCCCCACCAGUAUGAAAAAUAUUGGGAUGAACAAACUGGACCUGGUCCCGAUGCGACUCCCAAGGCUUUGAUCUCGGAAAGCCACCCAGGUUGGACCAAUUCUCACCCACUGGGCUCCCAAGAUCCAUAUGGAACAAACCAAACCCCCGUCGAACCUUCUUUGGCGACAGAUGAACCGCUUCAGAAGCCCCGGCUGGGGAGACGAUUCUCAUGGGAAUCAUCUUCUUCGACUGGUCGGCCCACUCAAGCUCCUGUCAGCGGUGAUACUCCUUUAGCUCUGCAACCACCUGUUGCUCUUUCUGAUGACGUCGCUCAUGCACCCGAGAAUGUUGAUAGGGAGCUACCGGCUUACGAUAGCGAAUGCUCUGAUAGCCUUCGCGUUGAAAAGCCCAGACUCUCAAUUGUACCUCCAAUUCCGGCAAACAGCUCCCCUCCUGUGCAAGUUUUAGGGCCAGUGGAUGGGCAAGGACUCCAAAAUAUUGUCCCUACUAUGCCUGUGGGUACUUCGUCCAUUGACGAGAACAAACUUCAAGGCUUCCGUGAAAUUCUCACUCUUACCUCCCCCGGCGAACGUACCAAAGCAUUUGACAAUACUAGAGACCAGUUUGCUGCCCUCAAUAGCGGGUUGAACCACUGGCUUCAAGUCACUAUUCAAAAUCACCCGGAGCAUUCAGACCUAGUCUACACUAGCCAGAGCAUCUCCGACAUACCUAGAAAAUCGCCAAUCAGGAGUCGGUUCCCCAAGAAGCUCACAUCCAUCGGUAACCUGACUACGCCCAAGGAGGAAGGAGAUCCCACCAGCGCCAGCCAUGUCAGGCGACCGUCUGGUAAUAUUGGGACUAUUAUCAACAAGUCAAAUGUUGAACAACGUGGCAAGGAAUUCCUUCAUACAGCGGGCACUUUUGGCGGCAAAGCCGGCGAAGCUGCCAAGGGCUUCUUUGCCAAAGGCAGAAGCAAGUUCCGGGCUGGCGGAGACAAGGGUCAGUCGUCGACUUCUCGACCCAGAAGUCUUCACUUCGGCUUGCAGUCAGGAUCCAAUGAUUCCCAGGGUAACUCUUUCUUCCGAAAAUCUGUCAACCUGGGUAGUUUGCCAGUAUUCAAGUUUGGACAAACCAAAAAUGCAUCUGCUACUUCAGAGGACGAUGCACAGAUUAUGGACCGUUCCGGUAAACGCUUCAAAUCCACCGGAUCAAUGGAUAUCCGAGGCCUUCAACCCGAUGGUCAAGAUACAUUUGAGAGAGCUUCCUCGCAGCCUUUGCCGCCUUUGCCAUCGGAUGAAAAUCGAGUUCGGAAGGCAAGCACUACAAGUUCUGGCCUGGUUGGUGACCUCGAGCAGGAAAUGAUUUCUGCCCUUGGCUUAUCCCCGACUAAACCUCUAUCCGAUCCACUGGCCAACACCCAGCUGCCAUUGACCUCCAACGAGUCUGAUGAACGGCCUCAAAAAACUUCGCGGUCCCCUUUCAAGAACGAAUCCACAGCCAUUCAUGAAGCUGGUAUGCACAGCAGUCAAAGAUCAAGCACUGAGCCUGCUAUCAGAAUGCUGCCGGCCUCGAUUCCGACAAUUCGUCCUGUCAUUGAGACCGAACCCGCCACUCCGCCCAGGACUCCGCCAGAGCCUCUCUCGCCAACUGAUACUCCGCCAUCUAUCCCAGCAAAGGAUCUCGCGCCUCCUCAGGAGGGACACACCCGUCAGCGGUCUGUCUCAACACUUGGGGCCGAUGAGAGGGAUACGAGCGAUCAAGAGGAUGAUACUCCACCUUCUCCAUUACAGCCACUAUCGCCAGAGGAAGAAAAUCCCAUGUAUGGGAAAACUCGCCCCCGGGCUAAGACGUCUUCAUCUUCCCUUCCAUCCGCGGAAGAUGAGUCCCCAGGUGCUGAUUUCCAAUUCCCACAAAGACCCGCAACCUCUGCAGAAGUCCUUGAUGCAAAGCGAAAGUCAAUUAGCGGGCUUCCGCCCUCUACGCCAAAUUUCCAAAGUCCCCUCAGGAAUGAAGUUAGAUACUCGCCGGCAACGCGAAGCAGUAUGUUAAGCUUUGGGAGCUGGGGCCGACAAAGUAACAACGGCAGAGGUACUCGUCCGACCACGCCUGCCAAUGAACUGUCCUCGCGUGUAGAGACGAACUCUUCUGCACAGAAUUCCGAGUCCAAGAUGGACAAAUUGAAGAGCUUCGGGAAACGGCGACGUGCUUCAGUGGGCGAUCUCUUGUCUGGUAUUCAAGGAGGACUCCGGGGCCUCCAGGAGAAGAUCAAUCAGCCAGAGCCUCAAGAAAAGCAAGAGAAGGAGAAUAAGCAUCAGCGCAAACGGAGCUUCAGCAAGCUUAGCACCUUUUUCACUCGCUCCGAUUCUCAACCUUCAGUGGACCAGAAAAAUGACCGUCCGAAGUCUAAGGGUGACGGUCUAGUGGACAAAGAUUUGCCCGCUCCCCCUGUGGCCGAUCGGUCACACUUUUCAGACUCACAGGACAGACGAGAGAGCCCCGCAAACGCUCCGACUGAACGACUGUCUAGCGAUGUUGCAUCUUACCAACGCGCGAGCAUACAUCUUCCACCUACUGCAUCGGCGAAAGAUUUGGCAUCUGGUCGCUUCUAUUCUCAGGCCCCAUCUACCGAUUCCCCAUCUUCUGUCCAACAUACUCGUGUAAAGAGCAUGCCUCUAAUGAGCCAGCCCCUCUCUUAUACCCCGCAGUCCGAGUCGAACCAUAGUGGUUCCGUGAACAACACUCAACCAUAUGGACUCGAAGGCCGAAUGUCCCAAGAGAAGCAAGUUGAGGGUGUUGAGCGACAGUCUUCUGAGCAGGCCAUCGCAGAACUCGAAGAGCAUCACUCUCCCUCGCCCGUCAAACCAGCCCACAAUCCCAAUGUGAGCAUUAAAUCUCGCAAAACCACCGAUACUCAACCCGAGUCCACAGCCACUAUCGAUAUCAAGAACAUUGCUGUCUCGGGUGUGUCUGCCAUGACUCUUUCGGAACAUCCCCACCGCGAUGAGACGAAGACUUUGAAUCUCAAUUCCGAGCCUGUUGAACUCGCUCUCAGAGAUGACAAUAGUGAUGAAAUUGUUAUGUCGUCCACCGCUUAUCCUGGACAAGAAUGGGCACCUAAGCAUAUGUAG